AUGCCCCGAAGCGUUUUUUGCCCACCCAACUCGCAAUUCCUAAGUGACGAUGUCAUUGGCAGCAUUUGCCAGCGUCCAACUCAGGUCCAGAGUAUCCGAGCGACAAAUACCAAUGCUGAUAGAAACUGCACUACACCACCGUCGGGUUGGGCAAUACCCGCUAGGAUAUCACCAGCAGAAGACGAGGACUCCAUAUCGCCAAGAGACAAGAAGAGAAAGCGGAACGGAGCCACUGCAGACUCUGACUCCACCACCCAUCGACAAGAAGAUCAAGAUGAAGAGGUCAAGAUUAACUCGAUAUCCAUGAAAAAGAGCGUAGAUCUUACCAAAGUAGCCCAGUUAUUGGAUCUUGGAGAAGAGCUACAACGCAAGCGACGUCGCGAGACCCAAAAGAGAUACCGAAUGAGGCAAAUCCAGCUCACGACCAACCUCGAGAACGACGUCCAUCAACUCCGCCAAGACAUUGAAAAGCUCCUACAGCAACGGGAUUCUGGGACCGAAGCAACCAGAGACGCCUGGAACGUAGCACUGGAGUUCUAUGCACGUUCCCGUCGUCUGAAAACACAAAAUCUUUACAAUCUUUUCGAGUUCCUGAGAGCGACGACGGCCCCCGACGUUGCGUUUAGUGGAGGAAUCGGUCGCGAACGAUUCGCGAACAGUUGGAGCAUUUUGCGGUGGUUCGACCAAGUGGAUGUGGAUCUCCAUAGUUUAAAGAAAUACGGCGACGAUUGCGUAGUCAUGACCACGAGAACGCGCAUGACGAUGACCGGGCGGACACUGCAAAACCUAUUUCCUCGUCUGUAUAACUGUGCAGAGAGCUCAGUGAAGGUAAGGUUGGUGACGAAGUUAGUCGACCAACAGAUUGUCAUGGACAGCAGGACAUUGUUUCAAUGGGACAGCGCCACGAAGUUAGUGACAGGUGUAAGGACUGACAGUGACUUGCUGACUCCGCUGUUGGGUCUUCUGGGUCGUUUAGAGGACGUAUCGAUCGCAUUUGACCAGGCACUCAUUUCUCCUGAUUUCCAGUGGAGGUGA